UAGAUAUAAAAGGAGAGCUCUUGCCUCUUCUUUCCAUAAUAAUCAACCUUCUACACAUAUACAUUUGAACCCAUAUAGCAUCAACCCCAAAACAAUUAUAAACCCCGCUUUCUCCAUAAAUAACGUAUUACGAUAUAAUCUAAUUCAACUUUCUCUUCCAAUUCCCUCCUCACAGCAUACUAUCGGGACGCACAUAUCUCGACCUACCAUUUUUACAGUAGUAUAUACUUAAAGUGAAUGGUUCUAUACUUUCUGGUUGCACAAGUAAACCUUCCUCAUUUACUCCUGGGUCUGUUACUUAUCAUUAUAUUCAUCGAAAUCAACAACCACCAAAAAUUGCUUUCAGACAUGGAUUUUUCUCGAGAAAGAGUACCAACUAAUUUGGAAGCGUUUUUGUUGAGUGUAGCGACGGAACGUCUUCCUUCGGUUGAAAGUCUGAUUCCCUCCCUCUCUUCUUUGGACAACAAUAGAUAUAAAUUAGUAGCCGAAAAAGAACUAUAUCGCUAGCUCGAGAACGACGCAAAGUACAAUAUAUCGAUGGCAACUAUCAUAAGGGAUUUGGCGAACGGUUCGCAGAUUAUAAGCCAGGAUCAAGACCUACAGCACUUCCCUUUAACCAGGCGCAAUACAGCUCCUAUGAUUUAUAUUUCAACGCAGAUCACAGAGAUUAUUGCCAUCGUAAAGAGACUAAGAUAGAUAUUCUGAGUGAUAUAUCUUACACGAAGUAUAUUUCGUGGGAACACCGAAUAGGAUUUUUCAACACAUUCGGUUUUUUAUUGGACUGUUGUAUUGAGAUAUCGAAGGAACUCAUGGUCAAAUUCAUGGUUGCGUACAAUUUCUUACAAGAGCUGGUACAGGAAUAUCGGGAAAUGUCUGAGUUAUCAGUAGACCGUUACAUUGAUGUACAAUUUAGACUCGACGUGAGAAAAGUCACCGAUCGUCGAUCAACUUUGAGGAGUAAUACAAGAUUGAGUCCCCCGGAUUACCUCUCGCACAUUCCUACAUUAGACAGCUUGAAGAAUCAGAAGGAACAGGUAGCUCAAGAAGUACUGAGCAUUCAUAAUCGAUUGGAAUUUCUAGAGAGAGUAGUAUCAACCAUCAACGAUGCUAAAUCAAACGAACUAUCGAACUUGAUGUCGCUUGUCAGACGAUUGAGAUUGUAUAUAGCACCCAGAAGUGAACAAAAGUAACAAGCUAAUCAUUUAUUGUAGUGCAGAAGAACGCUUAAUUCUGACAAUGCCACAACGAGAAGUUCACCUCCCUGUAGAGGUUUGGGACAUUAUUCUCAAGGAAGUCAUGCCGAACAUCCAGACUAUUAACUCUAAUAAUAGGAAACUGAACCGUAUGCUUAAGAGAUGAAUGAUUUCGAAAUCCUGUUUCAAAGGGCAGUCUUAAUUUACUAAAGAAAGGCCAUCUUCUCGUUCACUCCACACUCGUUUAUGAACUAUCCGGUUGUCAAAAUAAUAAAGAAAAUCACUAUCCAUAUAUCGUCGCCUGAAUAGCAUACACAUACGAUUAGCACAGAAUGCGCCUGUAAUUUACCGAAGACGACAACAGCAAUUGAAGCUUACACUUUACAAAAGCGAUUGAAGGAAUGUACUGCAAUGGUGGAAUGUUACGACGGCUUCGGGCCUCGUAUCAUGUAACCACUUAUUAAGUCACGUGGUCCCUUAGAUC